GAGAGAUUGGAUGACAGGCACAGUUCAUGGCCCAAGACCUAACCAUUGGCCAAACGGUGCUUGAAAACCCAACCUUAUUUACUAAGUGGAAGUGAUGGGGAGCCCUCGUGUCUUGAAUAUACUCUCACAGCUGCUCAUCAUUCCUUGGUGCAUAACUACGUAUUGUCACUGUAUCUGCAGGGCCCUGACAACCACCAUUCCAGCCUACGCCAAGCAGCUCUGGUGUGAAGUUGUCCCACCAUGGCGCAAUCGUGUGGCCCCCAUCAAACCUCUCCAUCCCCUGUCUGUCGACAACUAUUCUUCGCCCGGCAUAAUACUAAGUAGUCAGACUAGGCACCAUCGCCCUUGCCAGAUGUGUUUCCAUCAUUUUUGCGUAAUCUUCGGUACAUAGUAUUGGUUGUGCUGUACUAGUAGAACGUAUAAGUAAUACU